CGGGAGAUAAGCGUCCGUGAGCAUCCGCGCACACGCGCACAUCGAGCGUGGCCACCUUACCACGAAGACGAUGAGCGUUGGUGUGCGUCUCGCCGAGAGUGCCGAAUGCACGAGGGAGAUAAUUCGCGAGUACGUAGCACUCGCACCACGAUAAACGUCACGUGUCCUAAUAGAGAGAUGUACGGAGUACACGGGAGUAUGAUCGCGGGGAUAACACUCGGAUGAGCGUUCGAUGCGACGAUAGUACACCCCAAGACGAUCGACGGACGACGCGCGCGGAGAAGAGAAACCGUGGGAGGCUCGAACGCGUAGCCAGCCGCGCCGCUCUCCUCCUCGAACCUACCCGCGUCCGCCUGACCCGAGAGGAAGACUUCAGUAAGCUCGGAGCUUUCGAUCGGUCCGCACGCCAUUCGACGUCCUCGCCGACCAUCGUGUCGCGUCCCGGCGCGAGACGCAGCCGUCACGCGAUUAGUGCUGCGUGAUCGUCCCGGACUCCCGGUUUCUGUCGAAUCCUUCCCGGGGUGUCGGGACGAGUCUCCUGAAAUUAGAAUGAAGAUCGAGUGGUGUCUCGAGCGGAUGCAAGUUGCGGAGGGUGUUUGCGAGCUGAUCUUGAAUCGUGACAUUAACAAGACGGGCUGAUUCUUCGAGGGGAUGAUGUCGUGAGUCGUUUGCCCCGUCGAGCUAAUCGAAGAGAUCUCCUCGACUUGUCGCUAGACGUCGAUUGCCAGCCAACCAGUGCGAAGAUCUAGAAGCCUCGUCUCUCUUGCGCGAGAAGUGGUUCUGUCGCGAGAAGGAGAAGGAUGAGGAAGACGAGUUCGCGAGGAAGAUGUACCGGUCGAUGCGGUUUCGAGCUGAUGAUCGCGCGUUGAUUCCGUUCCGCGCGAGAGAUCGGAGCGAUUCUACGAUAAAUAACUCGUGGGGAAGGCGCGGGGGAAGGGCUUUUCUAUUUGCGAGGCCGACGACGUGGGGACGAUCGAAGCCGCGUGCGGAGGAGGCGAUGAUCUCGCUCCCGGAAGCGACCGGAGAUCCUCCCGUUUAAAGCUCAUCGAUCACGCGUGAUCGCGACGAUCCUAUGGCUAUUUUGACGAGGAUGAUGAUAUAGAGGGGUUCUAAUCGGUCGAUCAGUUUAAUACGCUGAAAAGAGCAAAAUGAUAUAGCAAAGAAAUUAUAAUUAAUGCGAAAAAUAAUGCAAUGAAGUAAGAAAAGCACAAAUCGAUUGCGUCUGUCGUCGAGCGUGAAAACUUGCGAUGGCAAAAGCGACGCGAUAGAAGGACGAUGGAGAACACGCCGUGACGGAUAUAUCGAACGGCGACGAACUUGAACGUGAAAAAAAAUACGCGAGUCACGAGUAUGCGUCUGCGUGAUCGCGCGGCGACGUUUCGCAUCUCCGAAUUUCUCUAAACGGCGGUCGCACUUUCAUUCGACGAGCUUCCGUUCGGUCGAUCGCGAUUGAACGCUUUCGGAAGCACGUUGCGUUCGCGACGGAUGCGACGAGGAAAACGUAACAAACAAAUAGUCGACGUAAUAAACAGUCAUCUCUGACACACGCUUGCAAAGAAGGAUGUUGACGCAGUGACAAGGGUAUGUCUAAUAUCAAGAAAAAAUUAAAAAUAAAAAUGAAUAAAAUGUGCGACUCGUGUGUACUUUCGUACGUUCGAUGACGCUUAUUUUAAAGAUAAAUAGUGACGGAUUUCUCUGGGAAAGUGGUUGUAGUCUGAUGAAAUAAUGUCCCUUGGAUGGAUCCGUAAUUGUCGACGAAGGACUCCCGGUUGUACGUGAAGGGAGAGCUUUCACGUGCGAGAAACUACGAGUGACAUUUUGCAGGAGUGAUGGCUAUUUCGGGCCAGACACGCGGGUGUGCUGCAUUUAUAAGACGAUCCUCGCGAACGAUUUACCGCAGGUGAGCAAUGCAGGUGGCUGUGUUUGCGCUGAUCGAGUUGGCGUAUUUACUCUUGGUAGCGUAUACGAAUUUUCGGGACCCGCAAAGUUAACGACGGAAAAUGAUGAGAUGUGAAGCUUCUUCACUUUAGCACGGCUCUCGCGACAGACAUAACUAAACGUUCCUAUUACGCUCGAUGCAUAUAACAUUAAGCUCAAGGUGAUAUGGAAGCGGAAGACGAAGUGGAUGAUGAAUUGUCAGAGACUGCCGACACGGAAGCAAAUCAUAACAACAAUCUCGAAAAUUUCGAAACGAUGAAGAUCUCUACGAAACCGGUGUCCGAUAGGACGCCGGAGAAAAACGACUGUCCUUUAGUGCGCUCCUCCAAUCCUGAGCAAUUGGAAAACAUCGAUUCCAUCGAUGAUAGUCCCGGAAAAUUAAGAAUGUCUGCGCGACCAAAAUCAAAAAUAUCUCUAAGUACAAGUACAAAGACUGACAUGAAAGAGGUUGAGAUCGCUAAGCUGUGCAAAAGUAAGAAAGUCAGCUGUCAGGAUACUAUACACGAGUACGAUGAGGAUGACAACCUCACUAUGGAUAGAGUUGGAAGAUAUCUGGAGGCGAAUCCCGCUCUAGCCGAAACGUGGCUGCGGGAGAAAGCGAGCGUCCAACUUCGGCAACGAUUGCAGAAUACGUGUGCAAACAAUAGCAUGCAAACGAUAACACCAAGGGUCCCGCGAGUACAACAAGAGGAAAGUCUUCUCAAUCGUGGGAAACGCAACAGCGUUACAUCCGAUCUCUUUCAAACAUGGUUGGCCUCGAGCUCACCUGCGAAGCGCAGCAGGAGCCCCAAUAGGACUCAUAGCUCGCUGAUGGGUCGUCGCGAGGAACUUGGCAAGCUUGACGAGAGCGAUCUGUUCAUGGAGUUGAUAAGAGAUGUUGCAAACGAGCUGGAUAUAAACAUCCUAUGCCAUAAGAUCUUGGUGAAUGUCGGCCUACUUACUCAUGCCGAUCGCGGCAGUCUAUUUCUAGCGAAGGGACCUCUGGAAGAUCGGUAUCUCGUGGCAAAAUUGUUUGAUGUCAGGCAAGACACCGAGCUCGAGGAAGCCGUUCAACGGGCGAAGAACGAGGAGAUCAAAAUACCGUUCGGAGUCGGUAUCGCCGGUUACGUGGCGCAAACCAAAGAGAUUAUCAACAUCAAGGAUGCUUAUAAGGAUCCGAGAUUCAACAGCGCCAUCGACAUGCGCACCGGAUAUAAAACGACGUUGAUCCUAUCGAUGCCGAUCUGCAAUUAUGAAGGCGAUGUCAUCGGAGUCGCUCAAAUCAUCAAUAAGACAAACGGCAACAACGAAUUUACUGACAGAGAUGUCGAGGUGUUUCAAAGAUACCUCACGUUCUGCGGUAUCGGCAUACAAAACGCGCAAUUGUUCGAGCUGUCCGUGCAAGAAUACCGGCGCAAUCAAAUCCUCCUCAAUCUGGCGAGAAACAUAUUCGAGGAGCAGAACAAUCUUGAGUGUCUCGUUACAAAGAUCAUGACCGAAGCGAAGGAGCUCCUCAAAUGUGAGAGAUGUGCUGUUUAUUUGCUCGAUUUGGAUUGCGGUGAAGCAGGGCAUCUCGAGAAAAUCGUCGAGCGGCCCGGGAAAUCGGUGCAAGAGAGCAGAAAGCCGUUGUCGAGAAGAGAGAGCAACAAUAUCGACAUGGAGGACAUUUUUCAACAGCACACAUUGACCGAAGAUACAAAAUUCACUAUGGUCUUCGAGAUGGAAAACGAAACGCAGGAGGCUCGGAUCUAUCGGCCAAGCAACAACGACCUAUCGAGUCCUUUGGGACAAAUCGCGAGAUACGUCGCCGCUACAGGUCAAAUUCUCAAUAUUGGUGACGUCGCCACGUGGUUGAAGAAAGACGUAAUGGAGAGCAGAAGAAAACCUAUCAGGAGUAUCCUGUGCAUGCCGAUUGUUAACGGACAGAGGAUUGUCAUCGGAGUUGCUCAAUUGAUCAACAAGGAUAACGGUACGUCUUUCACCGACUCGGAUGUGUCGAUAUUCGAGGCAUUCGCCAUCUUCUGCGGCCUCGGCAUUCACAAUACGCAAAUGUACGAGUCCGCAUGCAAGCUGAUGGCGAAGCAAAAGGUGGCUCUCGAAUGUUUGAGUUAUCACGCGACCGCCAACAACGAAGAUGCUCUGCGACUCGUCUCCGACACCAUCCCCUCCGCGGAAACAUAUAAUCUUUACAGUUUCACGUUCAUUGAUUUCGAUCUCACCGACGAAGAUACGUGUCGCGCUACCAUUAGGAUGUUCAAACAGUGCGAUCUCAUACAGAAGUUUCAUAUACCUUACGACAUCCUGUGCAGAUGGAUACUCAGUGUAAAGAAAAAUUAUAGGCCAGUGAAGUAUCAUAAUUGGAGGCACGCGUUAAAUGUCGCGCAGACGAUGUUCGCGAUGCUGAAGACCGGUAAAAUGGAGCAAUUCAUGACCGAUCUGGAAAUUCUCGGUCUUCUGGUCGCCUGUCUCUGUCACGACCUGGACCAUCGCGGCACCAACAACGCAUUCCAAACGAAAACGGAAUCUCCAUUGGCGAUUCUGUACUCGACCAGCACGAUGGAACACCAUCACUUCGAUCAGUGUGUCAUGAUAUUAAAUUCCGACAGCAACAAUAUUUUUCAAAGUCUAUCGAUGGAGGAUUAUAGACGCGUGAUGAAGGUCGUGGAAAGCGCUAUCCUGUCGACCGAUCUAGCGAUGUACUUCAAAAAGAGGAAUCGUUUCAUGGAGGUGAUCGACGAAGGUGAAUUCGAUUGGCAGAGCGAAGAGAAAAAAGAACUGCUAUGUGGUAUGAUGAUGACAGCGUGCGACGUGAGCGCGAUAGCAAAGCCUUGGGAUGUGCAGCAUCGCGUGGCAAAGCUGGUAGCCGAUGAGUUUUUCGAUCAAGGCGAUCUAGAGCGUCUACAGCUCAACCAACAGCCGGUGGCGAUGAUGGAUCGCGAGAGACGGGACGAAUUACCACAGAUGCAGGUCGGUUUCAUCGACGUCAUUUGCCUGCCGCUCUACAAAGUCAUGUCGGAGACAUUCCCAUGGAUACUGCCACUCUACGAGGGUACCAUGGAGAAUCGAAAACAUUGGCAGGACUUGGCGGAAAAAGUCGAGAUGGGACUGACGUGGAUCGAUCGCGACACAAUCGAGGAACCGGUAGAAGAAUUCGUCUCUUAUGAACCUCGAGAUAUCGAAUUCACGGUUACAACGCUGAAUUGUGCUCACGCUGACAAGAAGGAACAAGUACCGGAGAAGUCGACACUCGGUAGAUUCGCUUCAUUGAGGAAGGGUGGACGUACGUUAAGCAAAGGAGUCCGACAUCGUAUCAGCAGGUCUCUCUACGCUAGAAGCAGUUCGGAGGACGCCGGCAAAUCGAAAGCGUUGCUCCCGGAAAGAAAGAAUCGGAACAAACUGUGCCUGCUUAUUUGACGGCUAACUUCAACAACGCUCGAGAGCAUUCCCGAAUGAUGUCAUAUUAAUAAGCGAUGAUUAUAUUUGGAAAUAAACAAAUAUUUCAAUGCGCAUUGCGGUUUCUAGAGAUCGUGGAAAAUAAAAUUUGCCGAUGCGAUUGUCUGGAAGCUAAACACAUUUUGAUGGAUGAACCCAUGACUGUCAUUAAAAAAAGAGCUUUAGGAUGAAUUUCUAAAAAAUUGCUCUUAAGAAAAUAACAUUAUUUGGUCUAAUGAAGUCAUCGAAUUACUCUCGAAAUUACUCUCAUGAAUAACUAAUGCCGGAAAAGUUAUUUAAAAAUAUUUUAGCUACUGUUGCAAUAGCGAAAUAUUUAUAGGAAAUGAAUCCUUUCCGAAAACUCUGAGGAAAAAAAGAACAUUGAUAUUUGUAGAAAUUGUCAUA